AUGAGUCUUGGCCUGGCAAGAGAUGUGCUCAACCUCCAUGAUCGUUAUGAGGAUCUCAAGCCCUCCUUCAAGAGUUCUGAAUUCUGCAAGGCUACUCACGAAGCCAAUCUGGCUGAUUUUGCAAAGCAGAAGGCAGAACUGGACCAGAUGGUGGCAGGAUACAAGGAGGCUAAGUCCACUGCAGACAAGCUGGAAAAACAGAUUGAGGAGCUGCAGAAGCAAUUGGCAGAAUGCAGGGAGGUGCAGAACAGGCUCGGGGCUGGACUGAGCUCCAAGACCAAGGCUACUUUCCUUGUGCAGAGCAUGGUUGCAGCUUCCAGGCCAGCCCUGGAGAUUGCAGAGGCUUCAAUUCAUCAGGGGGUGCUGCUUCAAAAGGAACUCUCCAUUAAGAAGACCAACUUGCAAGAAACCCUCAAGAAAUUAGGGUUUUGA